AUGGAAGAGGCCAAGCAACCUGAGCUCCUCUCAGGGCUUGCUGCCAAGAGUGUUUUUGGCAGUGUCCCCUCAGGGGUUUCGGAGCCUUUAACCUGGCCGAAACCCUUUCAGACGGCCAUGGUCUCCACAAUGCCAGAGCAGCUUCGGGUCACGCACAUGCAGAGAAGACGUGCUAUGGCCAGUCUCGGUGAGAAGUUGGCCAUCCUCUUGCCGGAUGGACGAUCCGAGAGCGGCACUGGAUCACUUCUGAUCGUUCCCCCUGUUCCGGCCACGCGGCCACCUUUGCAGCCGGAACGGCCGGAACAUCGGGAACGGGAGAUUCUGCAGACUCAGGAUACUCAGCUUGAGAUCGUUCGUCGGCAACAAGGCAUCAAGUUGGUAGAUGCCCCGAUCCCUGCCAAAGUGCAGAGCUUGUCCCAGAAGCUGUCGGCGCUGCUUGGGCCACCUGCACCCCAGCACUGCGACUCGCCAGAGAGGCGGCCAGCCACGGAGCCCAGUCAACUUCUCCGGCAAAACGCUGCGGAGGUUGUUCGCAAGGUUGACUUGCUGACGGACGGAGUCUUGGAGCAUCUCCUCGGAGAUGCGGUCAGCCGGCUGGAUGCUCUACCAGAGAAGCGCCCUCAACAGCACCAUACGUGCUAUGCGCCCGCAGAAGCUUGUCGGCCACAGCGAGGCGAGCAAGAAGAAGACGGGCAGCUGCACGACCCGAGGAGAGAAAGCUUGGGGAAGCUUGUGCAGAAUGCCGAAGACCGGUUGGAGAUGUUGGAGCAAGAGCUCAAAAUGACGUACCUCCACCCGCAGGAGUCCACCUCUACGAGGGGCGCCAAACAGGAUCGGCGGGCAUUGCCAGAGAUUCUACUUGGGCGGAGCUGGCCUAAAGCUUUGAUUGAGGAGCUUCGCCUUUUGCACGCGAGCUCCCGCCUAGCCGCCGAAGAGGAGGACGAGGACUGGAGAUUUGCUUCGCUGCCAGCAGCACGAAUCCACGAGCUGGAACGCUACCGUGCUCGCUUUGCCAGGCACUGCCUGGCAGCCCGGGAGGCAGGGAUCCAAAGUGGUCCUGGGGCUCGGACGGCCACCUGGGUGAUUUGGCCAUUUCUUGCCGACAGCAUCGCCAUGGCCGCCGUGGAGGCGGCUAUUGAGGAGGUGGAUGCUGCCAUGGAGGGGUACGUUAGUGGCUUGGUGGAGCUGGAGAUUGGGGAAUGCGAAGAUGACGCAGCCACUGCGCCGUUGUAG